AUGACCGCGGAAAUGGAGUUCAAAGGCAUGACCCCCGCCGACCUGGCGGACGGGACCGCAACAGCUGCAGAAGAAACCGCGAAUACCAUCCAAGACAUCCUAACCAAAGUCAAAGGUGGAGAUGCAGUGAUGGAGAAACUACAAUCGGACCUCAACGACUUCGCGGACGCCUGCCACUUCCUGCACGGCCAACUGCUUCGCGCCUCUGGCCUCGACGACAUCCCCGAGAAGGCGGAAGAUGCUCAGAGCCUCGAAGAGAAGUUCAGAUUUAGUGUUGUCAGUGUCUUGCAGCUAUGGCUCACGAACAUGAGGAAGAACUCGACCCACCUUCGUCGACACCAGAAGUACGCGAUGGGCUGGGUGGGCAAACUGGCAAACUUGAAUUACGCAACCUCUAUGCUCAAAGAGAUCAAUUUGUCGGCGGUGCUUGGGACGGCAGAGUCGCAUAUGGGCGAUGUGCAGAUGUUUAUUGCGUAUUUUAAUCUGCGAUCAGAGCUCGACAAAGCCGCCCGCGGUGAUGGCCACAGCGGGCUCGAGUUCCUGUGCAAAGACAUCGAAUGGAAGGCCGCUGGCGUCCAGUCUCGCGUCACUCGCGCCCGGAAGGAGUCGAAUCUACCACAGAAAUGGGGACGCACCCACGAGAUCAUUGCGGAUGCAUCUGUGGCGCUGGCUGCAGAGGCCAAAAAAUCGGCCCAGGUUGCACCUUCGUGGUAG